AUGGGUGGUACUGUGACAUGCCCUAUUUGUAAUCGAGAGGUUGCGGAAACUGUCAUCAACAAGCACCUAGACUCGCAAUGUCAAUACCCUCAACAGAAUGCAAAACUAGCGCCCAUCUUCACCAGCCGGUUGGGCAAACGGGGGACAGAGACGCGUCCCACUGGUGCGGAACCUUCGAGUAGCAAGAGACAGAGCUCCCCAGACGUCGUUACACUUGACGAGGAUGAUACUCCAACAAAGCAUACCACCAAGCGACCAAAGACUGAAAGUAAGCAAUGCGAUAGCGGCGGCAACGAUCGAGAAACUGCCUCACCUCGAAGUUCAGAUGUUCCAUCUAUAUUCACGCAAAUGUCCAACAAGUCUUCUAAAGCAUCAGAAGAAGUACUUGCGGCAUCCGCUCCUCUUGCAGAAAGAUUGAGACCCCGCCGACUGGAAGACUUUGUCGGACAAGAGCACUUGAUAGGGGAUUCUAGCUUAUUGCUUCAAUUGGUAGAGUCUCAAGCCAUUGGAAGCAUGAUUCUAUGGGGACCUCCAGGAUGCGGCAAGACGACGCUGGCUCGUUUGCUCUCAAAGUCGGUGAAUGCAACCUUUAAAGAGCUCAGUGCGACUUCGUCCGGCACCUCUGAUGUCAAAGCUAUAUUCGACGAGGCGAAGCGAAGCUUGAAACUCACCGGAAAGCGGACUAUUCUCUUCAUGGACGAGAUUCAACGCUUCAACAAGGCACAACAGGACAUAUUCCUGCCCUACGUUGAGAAUGGGUGGAUUACGCUCAUUGGGGCAACCACUGAGAAUCCCUCUUUCAAGCUGAAUAGUGCUCUGCUGUCCCGGUGUCGCGUGUUCGUCCUCGAAAGGCUUCGGGACGAGGACAUUGAGGUGAUACUGCGUAAAGCCAUUGAACGAGUAUCGCCAAAAGUCUCUAGCCAGGAGAGCGACGUGACGAGUCUACCCUCGUCGUCACAAACCCUUGUCGAAGGCCAGGUAGAGGUCAAGCCAGAACCCAGGUUGCGGGAGAUUGCUCCCGAAGUAAUGAAGACGAUUGUGAACCUAUCGAUGGGGGAUGCUCGCACGGCACUAUCGUUGCUAGAGCUGGUGCUUACAUCGCCAGCUAAAGUCUCGGACAAGGCAGUCAUCUCGCUGCUCAGACGGAGCGUGUCGUCUCGAUAUGACCGCUCUGGAGAGGAUAGAUAUGAUAUGAUAUCAGCACUUCACAAAAGCAUCAGAGGGAGCGACGGCAGCGCCGCGUUGUACUGGCUCGCGAGAAUGCUGACGGGAGGCGAAGAUCCGCUAUAUAUUGCCCGACGUCUGAUUGUUGUAGCCUCAGAGGACGUGGGGCUGGCAGACAACCACGCGCUUCCGCUCGCUGUCGCAACAUACUCGGCUGCGCAGACGAUUGGGAUGCCCGAAUGCAGGAUUAAUCUGGCUCAUUGCGUCGCAUAUUUGGCAGAAGCUCCAAAGUCGACCCGCAGUUAUGAGGCGUAUAACCUCGCGGAGGAAGCUGCAAAGGCCGACGAGACGGCACCUGUACCGCUCCAUUUGCGGAAUGCCCCGACGGGCAUGAUGAAGGAUUUGAACUACGGGCAAGGCUAUCUCUACAAUCCAGCAUACAGGCCUCCAGAGUAUGCUUUCUAUCCCAGACGCUUUGGCAACUGUUUGGGCUCAAUCGUCUCUCUUGCAGCAGAUCUUAGCUACGGCGCAUUUCCGAUGCACCAAGAGGGACAGCUCGCACCAAACUCGUAUCCUCUCCCUGACCCAGCUAUCCUCACCCAGCAGCGCAAGACGGAACGAAGGAGGCCACCCGGGAAGAAGGACUUGAGCAUUCCGCAUAUCCCGAGACCUCGAAAUGCGUUUAUCCUGUUCCGCUCAGCCUUUAUAGAGCAGAAGAAUGGCAAAGAGCUCGCCUCGAAGCAGCAAAACCUCAGUAGGAUAGCCGCAAUGGUCUGGAAAUCGAUGAAUUCUGCCGAACAGGAUCCAUGGUACAAGCUCGCAGCAGAGGAGAAACAGGCGCACUAUGCCGCCAACCCAGGCUAUACAUUUCAGCCCACCGGGCGGACAGAGGCCAAUAAGAAGAAGACGCGCAAACCAGCAAUGGAGCCCGCAAUCGAAGAAAACUCGUGCAAGCAGAUUGCCGACUUGAUCAUCAACGGGGUUCAGGGAGAGGAUCUCGUUGCGGCUGCAAAGUCGAUCGGCGUCGCUCCCUGGCCCAAGUCGCAAGAAGGUGGUUCUGGUGGUCGACGUCGUCGUACUGCUCCACAGCAGGGUGAGGAGAUGCUAGAGUACAUUGACGACGAGGGCUCUUCGGAGGGCGACCCAAAACAGUACCCGCCUACGUCGCCUUCUCAGUACCAGCAUGGCGCCCAGACAGGGUACGAUUAUUGA